AAAAAAUUAAACUCUAAAAGAUGAGGCCCAAAACAAGGAGGGGAGUUGCAAACUUGCAAUCUAACGGUGAGACUGUGAGAGAGAAUGGUAGGUGCAUUUCAAAUGGCAAGAAUAGUUGCAGUUACAGUAGCAAUUGGCUCCUCUCCUACAAAUUCAAGCUCUGGAAACCCUGACGAUUUUCUUCCUCGAAAAUCCCCAAUCAACUCUUCAAACUCCCAUCAUCAUCUUUCUAUCUCCAAACCAUCCUUCCUCGUCCGCACACAGUCAAAUGUUCGGAUACAGAGAAGAAGAAGACCGGAGCCGUCCUGUGUUGUUUGUAAUGGAAGUGGAAGAGUUGAUUGUAAUCAUUGUCAUGGCAGAGGGAGGACAAAUAACACUGAUUUAAUAAUGCUUCCAAAAGGCGAAUGGCCGAAUUGGUGCAAGACAUGCGGUGGUAGUGGGCUUGGAUUCUGCAGUCGUUGCCUUGGAACGGGCGAGUACAGGGACAUAAUGGGCUUUCAUUUCAUGAAGCGGGAAUCUAACCACCCUCUGAAGCACACAAAACAACAUCAGGUUGAAGGAAACACUGAGCACCUUACUGCUGCAGAUUUGCUUCUUUCACAAACCACCUCUGAAGCAGAAGAGUAAUAAUAGUGUGAAUUGCUGUAAUAGUUCCAUUUGUAAUAGUCUCAGCUAAAUCAAUUCAACAUAUAUUUUCUAUCAAACUUUUCAUAAAUGCCAACAUGUAUAUCUUGUGUAGUUUUUAUUUACCAUUCAGGUGUUUUGCGAGCCCAUCUGACAACAUUGUUUAGUGAACUUGGACUUAUUUUUUGUUUUUUAAGCAUGAAGUUUUUAUUUUUCUUCCUA